ACUCCCUCCAUCACAUCAAGAUGACUUUCUGCUACCAGACCCAGUGUGAGGAUUCCUGUUACUCACCCUGCAACUAUGGGACCAUGUACACCUACAGGACCUAUGACUGUGGAAGCCCCUGCAGCUACCGGACCUAUGACUGUGGAAGCCCCUGCAGCUACAGGACCUAUGACUGUGGAAGCCCCUGCAGCUACCGGACCUACGACUGUGGGAGCCCCUGUGGCUACCGGAGCUAUGGGAGUCUGUGCAGUUACCGUGACUGCUACCCUUCCUAUACCUCCCGCUACUGCUAUCCCUACUCUUCUCGCUACACCCGUAGAUACAGCUUUGGGAGCUGCUACCCCUGCUAAAUCAAGAAGGAUAUAAUGGAAAACAAGGAGUGAGAAUUAAACACUGAAUUCACGGCUGCUCUUAAAGGGGAGGGUUUGCAGAAGCUCUGAGUCCAGGACUAUAACUGAAAGCUGUAGUAUUUUGGCGAGAUCAGUGUUUCUGUAAAACUUCUUCAGUGUGCUUCUAAAAUGUCUUCCUUCUUUCCUACAGACUUCUUAACUCUCCAUGAGUUUGGUAGAGUAAAAGAUGUCGGGCUUAGCAUGGAUGAACAAAUUCUUAACUGACUUUUGUCUCUUUGCCAGCUAACAUUAAUGAAAUCUAGAGUGUACUUGCACUAACCUUCCUGUGGAUAUAUUUCUGACUUAACUGCUUUUGAAGCUGUACCAAAGAAACAGUAAAUCAUCUGAUCUGAUUUGUUUCACUGGACUGAAAGCAAGCCAAAAGAUUGAAAAUGGAAAUUGAUAGUACAAUGCUACAGCUAUAGCAGCAAAAAUAGUACCAAUGAAACCAGAAUUUCUGCAGAUAAAAUCUCUGUAUGCAUUCUUUCUGCUUCUGCUUCUUGUAUUAUUUUAG